AUGGCGGUGGCUACAGACGGCACGGACACCUACAUACAGUCCAAGACGCCGUUGAUCACUUCCAGUGGUGAUAACCGCAUGUACAGGAGGUUUGUUCUGGCGAAUGGGCUUCCAGUUACACUGGUGUCGGAUCUUGACGCAACGCAGUCCAGUGCCGCGAUGGGGGUGGCAUGCGGCAGUUAUCGCGACCCCGAUGAGUUGCUGGGCCUGGCUCAUCUGACCGAGCACAUGCUCUUUGUGGGUGGCAGUGAGCGAUAUCCGGGAUUAAAUCGCCUGGAUAAGUUUUUAGCGUCUCAUGGCGGAGAGCAGGCGAAUGCGUGGACAUCCAACACAGCCACAGUCUACUUCUACGGGGUGGAGCCGUCGUCUUUCAACGAGUCGCUGCAACUGUUUUCUGGAUUCUUCAUCGACCCCAUUUUGACACCGGAGAGUAUCGGCGACGAGAUCAACGCCGUGAAUGCAGAGUACGAGAAGGAUCUGCCUCAGAACGACCGCAAGGCACAAAUGGUACUCAAUACCAGGCAGAAACAGGACCACCCAUCGUCACGGUUCACGAUAGGCUCCACCAAAUCACUGGUGGAGGACCCCAAAGUCUCUGGCACGGAUGUGUUCACGGGCAUGUUGAAAUAUAUCAAUCAGUGCUAUAAGUCACGCAACCUGAACUUGGCGAUUGUAUCGCCGCAUUCGCUGGAUGAAUUGGAGGCGAUGGUCUCCGAACUCUUCGUGCAGGUGCCGGUGGGCGAUAAACCGGAGCCGCUGAACCUGCCACUUCCAUACGAUCCCUCCAAUUUAAACGGAUUCUUUACUAUGAAACCAGUAGGCGAGACUCGCAAUGUGAGGAUGCAGUGGCAGCUGGCAACCUCGCCAUACACACUGAGCAGUCCCGCCGACUACUUGGCUGUGCUGGUGGGCGAUGAAGCAGACGGCAGUAUCCUGGCGACCCUCAAGGAGGAUGGUCUGGCCUUAUCGCUAGAAUCCGGCACCGACUACUACGAGGGUUAUACCAUCUUCCAGGUGUCUGUAAAGCUCACGGAAGCGGGGCUGCUGAGGUGGCCUGAAGUGGUGUCCCGUGUGAAGGAAUACAUUGCCAUGGUCGAGAACGCCGGACCCCAAGAGUCGGUGUAUGAGACUUCGCAAAUGGCUCGUGAAUGCGCGUGGAAGUACCAAUUCUCCGUCGAUCCGAUUGGUUACGCUAGCACGCUAGUGGCUCGAGAAAUAGAAAACAUGACAGAGGCAAAAAAUCUUCUCCGCCCGCCCUCGGCGUUCGAGUAUGACGCCGAUUUGGAUGCCGCGGUGACCACUGAGCUGCACACUAACCCGUUUCUGGUGCUCGUUAUGGAUCCCGACACCCCGAUCUCACCCGCAGCAGGUAGUGAGGAGGUUGCAGCUGAUCCAGGCUCGUCUACACGAAGGAACCCGAGCAGACGUGCCGACAAUCCGGCAGAUGUAGACACAGACAUGGAUACAGAUGCAAGCGCAGAGACACCCCCAGAGGCGAACUCCGAUACAGGCGCCACUGAAAAGGCUGUACCAAGCUCGGGUACACUGAAUGGAGUGACUGUGGAGGUCGAAGAAUGGUUCAAUACGCCGUACACCUUCACCGAGUUCAACCAGACGAUGCAGGAUGCCUUCGGCAACUUCACCAUGGGGAGUCGCUUGCAUUUGCCCGCCAAGAACGAAUUUCAGUGCAAUGCCACGGAUCUCACGCUGCUGCCCAAGAUUGUGGAGCCAGUGCUGGACGAUCUGAAGGAGAAGGGCGACCACUUGUGGCACGCACAGGAUGUGGUCUUCCGCACGCCCACAGUGGUGACGCAGACCACAUUGCUGUCUCCAUUGAAUAAGCAGUACAAGCUCAUUAGAAGUAAAAGACGGGAUACGGCCAAUUACCGGAUCGGAAGUGUAGAAGUUGAACUUCGCAUGAGGAUGAUGGCUGAUAUCCUCAGCGACGCAGCGAAGAGUCUGGUCUAUGACGCAGAGCGUGCAGGCAUGGCUGUGGCCGUAACUGGCCAGAGCGGCGAUCUGCAGAUACAUGUUUCUGGAAUGAGUGACGGAUUCAUACUCAAGUUCCGGUCGUUGUUGGGCGAGAUCAUCCCUUCGUCGUCGGGCACUGGCCUAUUUGCCAACACAGUCGAGCAGAAGGUACGGUUUAAUGAGCUGUAUGAGCGUGCCGCUGAGAAAGAGAGGACGAGAUUGGCGGACAACCUGGUGCUGGGCAGUCUCACACAGGGGGUGGUGGUCUUGCGUCAGUUACUGAAGGAGGAUGAGCACAGCGAUGCACAGGUACAACGUGCAUUCGACGUUGUGGAUGCAGACGAUCUUGCUAAGUUCAUGCAGGAGUUCUUCCAGGAUGUCAGGAUAGAGAUGAUCGCCACUGGAAAUGUGAGGCACGAAGAAGCCGCCGAGUAUGUGGACUAUGUGCGCGUGAUCCUCUCGCCGCUCGCAGGGGCCAACAAGCUCAGCACAUCGCACACAGAGAUGCACUAUGUGCCAGCCACAGCGGAUACUACUGCACUGUUCUCCAGCUCAGAGACUGACGCCAAACACACAGACGUGAUCGUGGAGACGGUCAACACCAACCCAACCGACGAUACCAGUGCGAUUAUUGCCUGGAUGCACGCUGGCCCGGUGGAGCCCCGUAUCCUGGCACUCGUACGGCUUAUCACCGCGAUGUCGAGUGAGCAGGCAUUUAGUGUCCUGCGUACCACCGAACAACUAGGCUACAUUGUGUCUCUGCAGAUGGUCGAGUUCAACGACGUGGCAGGUAUAUCCAUUGCUGUCCAGUCCAAUCGCCACCCACGCUAUCUGAGCGAGCGCGUGGGUGCCUUCCUCAGAGAGUCUCACCUGCGGACCUUGCGUGACACUACCGACGCCGAAUUCUUUGAAUUCAAGCGUAGCGUUGUCGACGAGUUGAAUCGCGGGGAUAGUUCGUUGUUCGAUGUCAGCGUUAGAGUAUGGUCUACUAUUCAAAGCAAGAAAUCACUAGACGACGUCGACUUCGGCGUUUCGUACAAGGUCGUCACAGCGCUACAAAAACUGACGAAGGAGGAAGUUUUGGAAUUCUUUACGGAGCUUACCAACCGAUGUCUGACAGUCCAGAUGGUGUCGCAAUCUGUUACCGACUGGCAGAACGAUACGAUGAUCGCUACCACUCCUGACGCUCACGCUGGUGCUAUUAUUAGAACAGACGAGUACUUCGAGAUGCUCGAUAUACCAAAUCGAAUAGAUUAAUACAAAGUAUAUCCACAAAGUAACUUAGAACCGAAUAUAUGAUAAGAUUAAAUAAAAAUUAGGC